AUAUUUCUUUCCUUUUUAUGCAGGGAUGAAGAUAAGCUCUUCACUCACCAUGGCAGUAGCAGCAGUAAAGUGGGCGAUAUCAAACAGAACUAUCUGGAAACAUUUAUUUCCACUUCAAAAUGGAACUUUGAAUUGUGUUCACCAGAAAUCUACAUAUCACUCCCUUCCAGAUGACUAUAAUUGCAAAGUAGAUCUUGCUUUGACAUCUGAUGGCAGGACAAUAGUUUGCUACCACCCUUCUGUGGACAUUCCAUAUGAACACACAAAGCCUAUCCCUCGACCAGACCCUGUACAUAAUCACGGAGAGACACAUGAUCAAAUUCUAAAAUCUAGGUUAGAAGAAAACAGUGGAAACUUGCAUCAGGGAGCCAUGAGAGAGCAGCUUAGCAGGAUGUUCUUUACUACGAAGCACCGCUGGUAUCCUCACGGACAGUUUCAUAGACGCCGAAAGAAGUUGAACCCUCCAAAAGACAGAUGAUGCUGAGAUUCACAGGAAUCAAAAAGAAACCUUACCCUGUGUCUCACUUGCCUUUUGGGAAGAGGCAGUCUGGUGUAGCCACGACAUGUUAUAUAAUAAAAAAUAAUAAAGUAUCUUUUCAUAUACUGA